AACAAGACAAAAACUACAGGCUUGCGCUCGCAUUCAAACAGUCGCUUAAGCUGUGCUUCCACCAAAAGGCUUAACAGCAGUUACUGCUCAUCAUUCAUUCUUCAACUCAUCAAAGAGAAAAAGAGUUUUAGCAACAGGAGAGCAGCCGAGAGGUUGCUAUUAAAGGAUCAGCUAUGCUUGGAGGCAUACGCACAGAUUUGGUGGUCACAGUGGCUGUUCUCUUUCUAACUCAGACAGGGACUCAAUGCAGAGCUGAAAAUGACUUCCUAUUAGUUACUUUACCAGAGUGGAGGGCACAUUCAGAAUACGUUAUACAGUGUUUUGAUGACAGACGUGCCAAUCUGAACUGUGACUGGACGGCGAGUGAAAAAGGAGCAGGGGAUUUUGCAGUGAAUGUUUCAGAGAGUGGUCCACUAGGGAUUGAGGGCAAGGCUUGUCUAGAGUUCUGGUACCUUGUCCCAGUUGCAGCUAAUGGGUCUGAACUUCGUGUCUUGCUAAAAAACAGCGUUGGUUCAGUAGAAAUCUGGACCUCUCCUGCUCUUCCUCAGAACGCAUGGAGGCAAGCGUUUGUGCCCCUGAACAUCACUGAGCCUGGGUCUCAGGUUGUGUUUGAAGCGGUUCAAGGAUUGUCCAUAGAGAAAGAGAUCACAUUUAAACAGAUAGGUGUAAGAAAAGGCUCCUGUGGGCAACAGUGUGAAUCGAACACAGAGUUAUGGACAGAUGUGACCACCCGCUGCCUCUGUUCUGCUGGCCAGCUCUCCUGCUUUCCCUCUCAGUGCCCUAAAGGCCAACUCUGUGGUCCUCAAAGAGGAGGCCCCAAUGGGACUUCUACCUUUGGGAUGUGCACUAUACACAGUCAGGCGGACGGCAGCACUUUUGAUGGAGUAUUGUUCCGCUUCACGACCGCCUGCACUUAUGUUCUGGCUAAGACCUGCUCACCCACUGAAACCCUGCCCAUGUUCACUGUGGAAGUGGUCAAUGAGCAGAAUGAUAACACAUCUCUGCCACAGGUCCAGAAGAUCAAUAUUAACAUGAGGAUUUACAGGGUGUCUCUGCUCAAAAGCCAAACAGACCGGGUUGUGGUUAAUGGGAUCUGGAGGAAGCUUCCACUUAGCCUUAACAGCGGCACUGUCAAUAUCAGGAGCAACCCUGCCACUAUUGUGCUGGCAACCACUUUUGGUCUUAUAGUCUCAUUUGACAGCACUGGUGUGGUCCACGUCACCCUGCCAUCAACCUAUUCUGAUAAAGUCUGUGGCAUGUGUGGCAACUUUAACAAUCACAAAGAAGAUGACUUUGGGAACCUCAAUGCACAAAAUGCAACAGCUUUGGCUGAAAGCUGGCAGACUGGGGAACCUGCCUCCUCCUGUGAAACUAUUCUAUUCCCUCAGUGUGACCCAGUGGAGGAGGCAGAGUAUGCCAGCGAGCAGUACUGUGGAGGCUUAUUCUCUACUACUGGUCCCUUUGCUGACUGCUUAUCAGUUGUAGGGGCAGACAGCUACAUCAGAGGCUGCGUGUUUGGCAUGUGUUCUACUCGUGGUGACCCAGCCGUGCUAUGUGAGACGCUACAGGUGUAUACUGAUAUCUGCAAUAAAGCUGGCAUUGCAGUACCCAUGUUGAGGAACUCCACACUCUGCCCCAUACAGUGCGGUGAGAACAGCCACUAUAACUCAUGUGCUGAUGGCUGUCCCGAGGUGUGCUCCAAUCUGGAUAUAGCUGGCUCCUGUGGAAGCUGUGUGGCAAGAUGUGAGUGUGAUUCUGGCUUCAAGCUCAGUGGGGAAAAGUGUGUCCCAGCAGAAGACUGCGGGUGCUGGUAUAAUGGAAAACACUAUGAGAAAGGAGAAACACUGGUGGAAGGAGAUUGUGUGCAACAGUGUCAGUGCAUGGGUAAUAACAAUGUGCAGUGCACUCAAAUGCAAUGUGCAGACAAUGAAGUUUGUAAGGUUAAAGACGGGGUCAAAGGCUGCUUCCUUUUCAAACCCACCACCUGCAGUGUGUACGGUGAUCCACACUACAUCACCUUUGAUGGGCUGGCAUAUGACUUUCAAGGGGGCUGCAGUUACAUAUUGACCACCACAUGCGGUGGAGGAAGCUCAGUCCAGUUCACAGUAUCUGGACACAACACCCAUCCCCCCCUUCAGAACUUCACCAGAUCCAAGCUUCAAGCCGUGGCUCUCCAAGUCGAGGAUCUGUAUCUCAUCUUGAAUCAAAGCGGAGAGGUCUAUGUCAAUUAUAAACAAGUUCAACUGCCGUAUUCAACCAAAGGGACAUAUGGGUCAGUAUGGGUGUAUGUGAAGAAUAAUCAUAUCAUCUUGGAGACAACCUUUGGCCUCAAAAUGCAGAUAGAUGGAGAGAACAGACUGUUUCUGCAGGUGGAUGAGCACUACAAGUAUGAACUGUGUGGACUGUGUGGCACUUAUUCUGGAUACCAGGACGAUGACUUUGUAACUCCAGGAGGCCAAAACGUGUCAGAAGCGUUCGAGUUUGGUGACAGCUGGAGGGUCCCAAACAACUCUGAAUGUUUAGCUCGUCCAAACAAUCCAAGACUCUGUGAUAAGGAUGAGAAGGAUACAGCCUACAAUGAGUGUUCAGUGCUGUUUGGCAGUGGUUUCAUGCCCUGUCAUGAACACAUUCACCCAAGCAUCUACCUCAAUAGUUGUGUGUAUGACUACUGUGCUACGAGCGGCGACCAACACACACUCUGUGAAUCUCUGAAGUCCUAUGCAACAGCAUGCCAGGUUUCAGGAGUUGAACUUCCAAACUGGCAGACUGGCACAGCCUGUGAAGACCUCUCUACCUCAACAGCUCCUCCAACAACUGCUUCUCCAACACCAGAUCAGACUUUUUGUCCCUUGAACUGCAAUUUCGAAAAAGAUCUGUGUGGGUGGGAGCAGCUUAUGCAGGACACUUUUGAUUGGACGAAACACUCUGGACCCACACCAACAAAUUUAACAGGUCCAAACCAAGACCACACCACUGGAGCUGGUUUCUACAUGUACCUUGAGGGAGACAGUGUAACUCAUGGAGACUCUGCCCGUUUGAUGAGCUCGGCAUGUAAUUUUAACGGACCACUCUGCCUGUAUUUCUGGUACCAUAUGUAUGGUUCAGCCACAGCCAUGGCUCUUAAUAUCUACCUGCUGAAAGACAGUAAAACUACAAAGCUCUGGUCCAUGAUGGACAACCAGGGACCAGAAUGGCAUCUGGGAAGAGCUGAUGUCAAAGUCUCUGGUCCAUUCCAAAUUAUAAUAGAAGGAAUUCGAGGCUCUAAUUAUCAGUCAGAUGUGGCCAUAGAUGACAUAUCUAUCCAUUUUGGCUCAUGUUCAGAUGGUUUUCCAGUCCUGGGAAGUGGAACUAAGCCUUCUACUACAACUACAGAAAUGCUUCCCUUACACCAAAUCUGCAAUCUUGACUGCAACUUUGACAGCAACCUUUGUAGCUGGAACCAGAUGAUUACAGAUGCUUUUGACUGGACCUGGCAAAGAGGUUCUACCCCCACAUUGAUGACAGGCCCCUCUGCUGACCACACUGGGGAUGGCCACUAUCUGUACAUUGAAGCCAACAGUGCAACGUAUGGAGACACAGCUCGUCUUAUCAGCUCUGAGUGCUCUGACUCUGGACCUCAGUGUCUGCAAUUCUGGUACCAUAUGUACGGCACAGCAGAUACAAUGGGUCUCCAUGUUUACCUGCUCCAAAACAGAAUAGCCAAUCAGAUUUGGAGGAAGCAGAAUGACCAAGGAAAUAUGUGGCACCUGGCUCAGGUGGACAUUGAACCAACCACAGCUUUUCAGAUCAUUAUUGAGGGGCGCAGAGGAUCCAAUGAUCAGUCAGAUGUGGCCAUAGAUGAUUUGAAGCUUUAUCGGGGCCACUGCUCAAAUCUGGUAGGUGGCAUUACAACACAAUCAGCUAGACCUGAUCUUAAUACCACGACACCCCCAAGUGUAACUGUCCAAACCACUGCAGCUCCACAGCCUCCUAUGGUCACUACUACCUUCCAACCACCGAUAAUAAAUACCACUGUCCCUUCAAAUAACCGGCCACCUCUGCAGCCAGUCUGCCAACUCCACUGUAAUUUUGAGCAAGAUUUAUGUCAGUGGAAUCAGUUGAUCACAGACGCUUUUGAUUGGACAAGACAGAGUGGCUCCACUCCUACUAUCAAUACAGGACCUUCUACAGAUCACACCACAGGAGGUGGCCACUAUCUGUACAUUGAAGCCAACAGUGCAACGUAUGGAGACACAGCUCGUCUUAUCAGCUCUGAGUGCUCUGACUCUGGACCUCAGUGUCUGCAGUUCUGGUACCAUAUGUACGGCACAGCAGAUACAAUGGGUCUCCAUGUUUACCUGCUCCAAAACAGAAUAGCCAAUCAGAUUUGGAGGAAGCAGAAUGACCAAGGAAAUAUGUGGCACCUGGCUCAGGUGGACAUUGAACCAACCACAGCUUUUCAGAUCAUUAUUGAGGGGCGCAGAGGAUCCAAUGAUCAGUCAGAUGUGGCCAUAGAUGAUUUGAAGCUUUAUCAUGGCCACUGCUCAGAUCUGGUAGGUGGCAUUACAACGCAAUCAGCUAGACCUGAUCUUAAUGCUACAGCGCCCCCAAGUGUUCCUGUCCAAACUACUGCAGCUCCACAGCCUCCUAUGGUUACUACUACCUUCCAACCACCGAUGAUAAAUAUCACUGUGCCUCCCAUAGUGGAGGAAACAACCAACUUAAUUAAUAAGAACAAUGUUACUGAAGCUCCAGAUAACCGGCCACCUCUGCAGCCAGUCUGCCAACUCCACUGUAAUUUUGAGCAAGAUUUAUGUCAGUGGAAUCAGUUGAUCACAGACGCUUUUGAUUGGACAAGACAGAGUGGCUCCACUCCUACUAUCAAUACAGGACCUUCUACAGAUCACACCACAGGAGGUGGCCACUAUCUGUACAUUGAAGCCAACAGUGCAACGUAUGGAGACACAGCUCGUCUUAUCAGCUCUGAGUGCUCUGACUCUGGACCUCAGUGUCUGCAGUUCUGGUACCAUAUGUACGGCACAGCAGAUACAAUGGGCCUCCAUGUUUACCUGCUCCAAAACAGAAUAGCCAAUCAGAUUUGGAGGAAGCAGAAUGACCAAGGAAAUAUGUGGCACCUGGCUCAGGUGGACAUUGAACCAACCACAGCUUUUCAGAUCAUUAUUGAGGGGCGCAGAGGAUCCAAUGAUCAGUCAGAUGUGGCCAUAGAUGAUUUGAAGCUUUAUCGGGGCCACUGCUCAAAUCUGGUAGGUGGCAUUACAACGCAAUCAGCUAGACCUGAUCUUAAUACCACGGCGCCCCCAAGUGUCACUGUCAUAACCACUGCAGCUCCACAGCCUCCUAUGGUCACUACUACCUUCCAACCACCGAUAAUAAAUACUACUGUGCCUCCCAUAGUGGAGGAAACAACCAACUUAAUUAAUAAGAACAAUGUUACUGAAGCUCCAGAUAACCGGCCACCUCUGCAGCCAGUCUGCCAACUCCGCUGUGAUUUUGAGCAAGAUUUAUGUCAGUGGAAUCAAAUGAUCACAGACGCUUUUGAUUGGACAAGACAGAGUGGCUCCACUCCUACUAUCAAUACAGGACCUUCUACAGAUCACACCACAGGAACAGGAGGUGGCCACUAUCUGUACAUUGAAGCCAACAGUGCAACAUAUGGCGACACAGCUCGUUUUAUCAGCUCUGAGUGCUCUGACUCUGGACCUCAGUGUCUGCAGUUCUGGUACCAUAUGUACGGUUCAGCAGAUACAAUGGGCCUCCAUGUUUACCUGGUCCAAAACAGAACAGCCAAUCAGGUUUGGAAGAAGCAAAAUGACCAAGGAAAUAUGUGGCACCUGGCUCAGGUGGACAUUACAGCAACAGACAAUUUCCAGAUUAUAUUUGAAGGACGAAGAGGUUCGAAUACUCAGUCUGAUGUGGCAAUAGAUGAUGUUUCACUUCAUCGUGGGCGCUGUGCAGAACUGGUCAAUCCGACAACAACUACAACUCAGUCAAAGCCACAAACGACAGCUAGGCCACAACCAUCAACCACAACUCAACUAAAGCCGGAAACAACAGCUGGGCCACAACCAUCAACCACAACUCAACUAAAGCCGGAAACAACAGCUGGGCCACAACCAUCAACCACAACUCAACUAAAGCCGGAAACAACAGCUGGGCCACAACCAUCAACCACAACUCAACUAAAGCCGGAAACAACAGCUAGGCCACAACCAUCAACCACAACUCAACUAAAGCCGGAAACAACAGCUAGGCCACAACCAUCAACCACAACUCAACUAAAGCCGGAAACAACAGCUAGGCCACAACCAUCAACCACAACUCAACUAAAGCCGGAAACAACAGCUGGGCCACAACCAUCAACCACAACUCAACUAAAGCCGGAAACAACAGCUGGGCCACAACCAUCAACCACAACUCAACUAAAGCCGGAAACAACAGCUGGGCCACAACCAUCAACCACAACUCAACUAAAGCCAGAAACAACAGCUAGGCCACAACCAUCAACCACAACUCAACUAAAGCCGGAAACAACAGCUAGGCCACAACCAUCAACCACAACUCAACUAAAGCCGGAAACAACAGCUGGGCCACAACCAUCAACCACAACUCAACUAAAGCCGGAAACAACAGCUGGGCCACAACCAUCAACCACAGCUGGACCCCAGCCCACAAUAAAUAAACCGCAAUCUACAACAGCAAGACCGCAACAAACAACCCUGCCGGUACCAACACCCUCUUGCCCACGGUAUAGUCACUAUACCACUUGUGUCCCUGCAUGUAGUCCAACCUGUGUAUUCUUGAAUGGCCCACCACAUUGUAGUGACAAUGGGGUUUGUGUUCCUGGGUGUGUGUGCGAUGAUGGCUUUGUCAUGAAAAUGAAGAUUUGUGUGCCUCUGGAACGAUGUGGCUGUGUGGACAAGAAUGGCACCAAACACCAAUUCAAUGAACAGUGGUACACAGAUCACUGCAGUCAGAAAUGUGAAUGUGAGGAGGAUGACGGAAUAGGAAAGAUUGACUGUGAUGAUGAAGACGAGUGUGAUGGAAAUGCUGUCUGCCUUCAAAAUGAAAAGGGCAAUUACUACUGCCACUCUACAGACUUCGAUGAGUGUACUAUCAAGAAGGACCCUGAAUAUAGAACAUUUGAUAAAAUGAAGCAUGAUUUUGAGGGUGAAGACUCUUACGUGCUGGUGAGGACCAGCAACUUGCCAAACAACCUUCCAGACGUCUACAUUGAAAGCAUCAACACGCCCGUCUUAGAUCAGGGCGGUGAUAGUCAGCAUGAAAAUGACAGCAGUAGUGAAGAAGAGCAGAAUAGCAAGGACGAUGAUGAUGAUGACGACGACGAUGAUGAUGAUGAUGAUGAUGACGACAGCAAAGAACAUGAUGAACACCACAGAUUACAAGAGCUUAAGAUCAGAGUGUACAAUCACACUAUGGAGUUCAAGAAGAAUCGGAAACUGAUCGUGGAUGGAAAGCCAACUGAUACGCCCGUCUCAGUGACUGGUGGUCUAAAGAUCUGGAAGCGUUCCUCUCGUAUCUACCUGCAAACUGAUUUUGGCUUGUCAGUCGCGUUUAAUGGACACCAUUCAGCAGAGAUUACUCUACCACACAUUUAUAGAAGCAAGGUGGGAGGCCUGUGUGGAAACUUUGAUGCUCAGAAAAACAAUGACAGGAUGAAGCCAGAUGGUACCAUAGCCAGAAGCACUCAAGAGUUUGGAGAAAGCUGGAGAGUGUGAAUGCCAGAUGAAACACUGUCUUUGAAUGUGGACCGGUUUAAUCACUAUCAGUUACAUAAAACUCCAUAUGGAUAAAUAAGAACAGAUGAUUGUAAUGAUUUUGUUUUUUUCUUCUUUAGCCAGCAAGUGUUGUCUUUAUCUAGCUUUUUAGGAUUAUGUUUUCUGAAUAUCAACAAAUCUAUUUUCCCAUGAAUUCUUUAGAUACUUAUCUCUUUCUUAUUAUUUCUACAUAUAUUUGAUAUAAUCUUUGUACUCUACAUAAUUAUCUCUCUAACUAGACUGUCUAUAACUAUGUUUAUACAAAGGUAAUAUGCUUUUAGCAUAUAUUAAUGCCCUCUUUAAAGCCAAACAUGAUUAAAAUGCACAACUGCAAAUUGAGCUAUUAUUGUCAUUGGAUAAUAUUAAAAAUUUUAAAAGUAUGUGGUAAAUGAUCACAUUUCAUAAAUUGUUUUUGACUUUCUGCAUUGUUGAAGGUUUUCUGAUGAAUCCUUACUGCUCCAAUAAAACUGCACUGUAAGUA